UCAUUAGUGAUGUAAUAUUAUUGCGUAAGUCGUGAUCUCAUAACGACGUCAGAAAUACGAUUUCGUCAUUCGUCGUGAAGAGAAAAUUAAUCUUUUUCGGCUCCGAAUCCAAACGGUGGAGAAGGUCGUUGAGUUUACCUUAAAAUAAAAGACCAGUAAUAUGAAAGACUCCCUGGAAGAUAUUUCGAGUUACAAUCAGGAAUCGGGAGGCCAAAAGUUAGCGAGAAAAACGAAGGAUGCACCUUUUAUGGUUAUAGGUCUGGCGGGAUGCACUCUAGCCUGUCUUUACGGCAUCUAUAACUACAGGAGACGGGGCAAAAUGACCACUUCCAUAUACCUAAUGCAACUCCGAGUGACUGCGCAGGGAACGGUGGUGGCCUGUCUCACCCUGGGUGCCCUCUAUUCCAUUUACCAAAAAUUACAAUCCAGGAACAGUGCACAAUUAAAGGAAAAUGAAUAGAAAUAUUGUAUAAAUAGUUAUUUAUUGGUGUUUAAAAGACUGUAUACAUUUCUAUUAUGGUAAAUAAAAUAAUUUUAGAAUAAA